AUGCGGAUUUGGGUGAGCAGUCCUCACAAUGCCACUGGCUACUACACUGUUUAUGGUGAGGAGGCGCUGCAUGCUGACAACUUCAAUACCAAGCUGAGUUUUGGGGACACUCAGAUCGUCUGGGCAAGGACCGGCUACCUGGGCUUCCUGCGGCGCACUGAGCUGACUGAUGCCAGUGGAGAUCGUCAUGAUGCCCUCUAUGUUGUGGGUCCUCUUGAUGAAACUCUGGAGCUCAGAGGGAUGAGGUAUCACCCCAUUGACAUUGAAACCUCUGUUAUCCGCUCUCACAAGAGCAUAGCUGAAUGUGCGGUGUUAACCUGGACCAACCUCCUCGUAGUGGUGGUGGAGUUGGAAGGAUCAGAGCAGGAGGCUCUGGACCUGGUGGCCCUGGUGACCAACGUUGUCCUGGAGGAGCACUACCUCAUCGUGGGGGUGGACCCUGGUGUCAUUCCUAUUAACUCUAGAGGGGAGAAGCAGUGCAUGCACCUCAGAGAUGGAUUUCUAGCUGACCAGCUGGACCCCAUAUAUGUGGCUUACAACAUGUGA